AUGUACAGCUACGACGUGAACGGAAAGACUGCUGUUGUUACUGGUGGUACCAGAGGCUUGGGUCUCUACGCAGCCGAAGCUUUUGUGCUCAAUGGCAUCAAAACUGUUGUCAUUACCUCUAGAAAGGAGAAAGCUUGUCAGGAGUCGAAGGCAUACUUGGAAAAAAUUGCUAAAGACAACGGAAAGUCUGUGGAAGUGAUAGCCAUCGCUGCUGACUUGGCCAAUGAGCAGGACUGUCAAAGAUUCUUUGACGAGACUAGCAAGAAGGUCUCCCAAGUUGACAUUCUUGUCGCUAACGCUGGUGCCACCUGGGGUGCUCCAUUGGAAGACCACCCUGUGUCGGCUAUCAAGAAGGUAUUAGACUUGAACGUGGUUGCCGUUUUCCAGACCAUCAAAUUGUUCACCCCAUUGCUCGAGAAAGGUGCCUCUGCCAAGGACCCAUCCAGAAUCCUUAUCAUGUCUUCGGUAGCUUCAUUGAUAGCAUCUGACCCAGUUGGUAUCUACGGAUACUUGGCUUCAAAGUCUGGUGUCGCUCACAUGGGCAAAAACUUGGCUCUUCACUUGGGCCCAAGAAACAUCACGGUCAAUUCUCUCGCUCCCGGAUUCUUCCCCACAAAGAUGUCUCAGGGCGUCUUGGACAUGGCUGGCGAAAUGAUGAUUGAAACGAACCCAAGACAGCGUCUUGGUGAGAAGGAAGACUUGAUCAACGCUGUUAUGUUCUUGUGUGCCAAGCAAUCGAACUAUAUCAACGGUAUCGUGUUGCCUAUCGAUGGUGGUAGCCACGUCGGCAAUGCCAAGUUGUAA